AUUUGGAUAUCCAGGAUUUCUUUUUCAACAUGAUGGAGAACAUGAGGGUAGUCCUUCUGGGAGUGCAACUGUGGAGCUGGGCCAUGGUACUGACAGCUGCUGGCUGUUUAGCUGCAGCGCUCAUCCAGAGGUCCAAACGCCACCAUGAAACAAAUAAUCGAAUCCUGAGGGCCAGAAGUCGGAGGGAUGAGGCCAUUUGUCAUGCUGAACAGGCUGUUGAACGCCACAAGGAGUCUAAUCCAAAGACUGACUCGUCUCUCUUGUCUCUUUCGCUGUCUGAGCUGGUAAAGUCCUUAAAGGAAGAGUCACUACAUCCUGAAGAUGUGUUUUAUUCCUACAUGGAAAAGGCCUUGGAUGUAAACCGAAAGCUGAACUGCUGCACAGGAGUAUUGGUUGAAAGUUUUGACCAGCUGGAGAACCUCAACAAGGAAGGUCUUUUGUACGGUGUUCCUGUGAGCAUCAAAGAAAACAUUGGAUACAAGAAUCAUGACUCGACAUGUGGACUGAGCAUGAGGUUGGACCAGCCUGCCCAGAAGGACAGUGUCCUUGUGGAGGUGCUGAAGAGCCAAGGAGCUAUUCCCUUUGUGAAAACCAAUGUGCCCCAGACCCUUUUCAGUGCAGGCUGCAGCAACCCCAUCUAUGGUCAGACUCUGAACCCCCACAACCAUAAGAAGACCCCAGGAGGGUCAUCUGGUGGGGAGGUGGCUCUUGUAGCAGCAGGAGGCUCUCAGCUUGGUUUUGGCUCAGACAUUGGCGGCAGCAUCCGUGUUCCUUGCUCUUUCUGUGGGAUUUGUGGCUUCAAACCCACAGGAGGCCGACUCAGCUCACUUGGGGUACGUGCAACAGUACCAGGAACAAAGCCACGUCAGCCAUCUAUUGGACCCAUAGCAAAGGAUGUGGACAGCCUGGCUCUGAGCAUGCAGGCGCUACUCUGUGACCGCAUGUUUUUCCUGGACCCCACUAUUCCUCCUUUUCCUUUUAACUUCCAGAUGUACCAGAGCACUGGCACUCUGAGGAUCGGUUACUUUGAGGCUGACGGCUGGGUCGAACCUUCUCCAAGCAUGGCUCGAGCCCUGAGAGAGGUCAAAGGUCUCCUCGAGAGAGCAGGACACACUUUGGUUCCCUUCAAGCCAGUGAGGGUUGGUACCAGUCUGCAGGAGCUGAUCAUGAGAGGAUCCUUAGCAGACGGAGGAACCAUCCUGAAGGAAGUCCUGAAGGGAGACUAUGUGGACCCAUGUAUUGCUCAACAAGCUUUCUUAUUGUGCAUUCCUAAUCUGAUGAAGAGGAUCCUCUCCAUCCUGAUCAAACCCUGGUGUCCUCGUGUGGCUCAGUCCCUCAGUGUCAGCUCUGGAUUUAGGUCCGUUUCUGACCUGUGGAAGCAUGAUGAGGAGGUGAAGGAAUACAUUUACGAGACCAUACAGGAGUGGAGAAGAUGCAGCAUGGAUGUGCUGCUGUGUCCAGUGUUUGGCCCCGCCUACAACGCCGUUAAUUGUGGUCGUGCCUCCUUUGCAGUCUCCCACGCAGCGGUCUACAAUCUGCUCAACUUUCCAGCCGGAGUUGUUCCUGUUUCCACUGUGACCUCACAGGAUGAGGAGGAACUAAAGAACUACAAGGGAUACUACCAGGACAAGAUGGACAAGAACUUCAAACAGGCUGUGAGCGGAGGCGAAGGCUUACCCGUGGCCGUACAGUGUGUGGCACUGCCUUGGCAUGACGAACUCUGCCUGCGCUUCAUGAAGGAGGUGGAACAGCUGGUCAGGCAGAACAAGAAGGCUGGGAUCGACCCUGUGAAGUCCCGAAGGCCUUAA